CUGCCCUUCCAGACCGUUGAGAUGCCAGUUUGUAGCGUGAUUGAAUCACAAGGUGAACAAAAAUUGGUGAAUGUGGAGACGAAGGUGGAUGCAGCAGUGGAUUUUGCCUCCUCACCGCCUAGAGAGGAGUCGGACACAAUCACCACCAUUGAUUCAAGUAACACAACGGUUAGUGAAGACCUCUUCAUACUUUUACUGGGCGUUGGUUAUGCAUUGUUCAACUUUCACGCAAUAUGCACCCACCUUCAGACGACUGCGGAGUUGUACAUGGUGAAUCAGAUGACGGCUCUUCGUGAGGGUCGAGAGAUGAAAAGGAGUACAAAAGAGAGGACGGAAGAGUUGCUUGAUCUCCUCCAACUGCUCUCCAAGUUGACAGGUGUCAGUGAUGUCACAGAUGAAGGGAAGUCUACACUCGCCUCAGACUGCUCGGUUUCUCCACGCGACUUCAUCUCCUUCAGCCUCUCGCGUAAGCUUACACGUCAACUUCAAGACGUGCUAGCAGUUGCUGCCGGUCCCGUCUUACCUGAUUGGUGCAGGAAUUUGACUCAACGUGUCACAGCUCUCUUCCCCUACAGUAUUCGUCAUCACUUCUUCAGAGCCUGUGCUUUUGGUCCUAUUGGUCGACUGUUCAGAAAUUUCAUUGAUAUACCACGCGAUGAAUCGGUAGAUCCAAGUGAACGUGUUAUGGAUGAGCAUGCUGCGUGCAAAUCGGAGUUGGAAAUUCGUUUCACAAAUGAGGAGGGAACGGGAUUGGGACCUACGUUGGAGUUCUUUAGUCUUUUGGCUUUGGAAUUUCGUCGAAAGUCCUUGGGAAUGUGGUUGCUUGACAAUUCAGAACAGGUGGAAUCAACUAUGGAGUCGAAUCCGUCCUCUGAUUACAACAAUCCCUCCUUUGGUCUCUUCCCCGCCCCCUAUCCUCGCAACACCGUGCCCCUUGAUGUCCUCCGUCACUUCUACAUUAUGGGGAUUGCAGUGGCAAAAGCUCUGCAGGAUAACCAUCUGAUGGACCUACCGCUAUCGACACCCUUCCUCAAGUUACUUGCCUGCUAUGCCAGCUCGAGACGGACGCGAGAUUCAGCCGAGGUGGGAACCCUGGAAGCCGAAUUGGAUGUUGUGGUUAAUGCCGAGGCGUCGAGAGAACGAAUUCUAAAGGCGCACUCGGUGAAGGGCGACUUCUCACUUGAACGGCGUCUGGAUGAGGCCAGUGUUGAAAUCCUUGGUUGUACUGUGCAAGAUCUCUGCUUAAACAUGGAAUUCAUUUCCCAAACAACGGUGAGGACGGCUGACUCGAAAGUGAAGUUGCUGGAUGUUUACCCUUGGGAGUCGUCCGGCAUCUCCAUCAAGGAGGAGCCUUUGGAACCGAUAUCCAAUGAGAACUUUACAUUGUACAUUCGCAGAACGUUGGAGUACUGCCUGGACAAAGGCAUUAGAGCUCAAAUGGAUGCAUUCAAGGCUGGUCUUGAGCGUGUUUUUCCGCUGGAUUGGUUGUCUACCUUCACCAGUGCCGAGGUGGGACGUCUUAUUAGUGGUGCUUCCGGAGUGGCGUGGACUCGAGAAGAGCUUUUGGCCUACACCUCACCCAUCCUAGGCUACACAAAGUCCUCUCCCGCUUUCCUCCUUCUAAUUGAUGUUUUGGUCGCCUUUGACACGGCGGAGAGACGCAAAUUCCUUCGUUUUAUCAGUGGUUCCUCCAGUCUUCCUGUGGGUGGUUUGAAGAAUCUUAAUCCACGUCUACGAAUUGUUUGCAAAGAUCCCACCGAGGGACCCUAUCCCAGUGUCAAUACUUGUGCGCAUUACUUGAAGUUGCCAGAGUACUCAAGUGCGGAGGAGUUGCGUCAUUACCUCAUGACAGCAAUGGAACAGACAGGAUUUUAUCUCAACUAA